GUGGAGUCUAAGUCAAAAUCUCGAGAGAGAGAAGGAAUCCCAACAACAAAUCUCAGUACUUCUCUUUUCCCCUCUUUUCAAAUCCAACAAUCAAUUUAUGAAAGCUGGAAGAAACUGGAAUUCAUCGUUUCGAAGUUCAAUCUCCAACAGCAAGCAAGCAUUGGUCGGCUGCUUUUGAUCAAACCCGUAAUUAAUUGGAUCACUAUUUGACAGUGCGUACUAUGUACCCUACCUCAAUCUCAAUCUGAUUCAAGGCUACAAUGUCCGCCACCCCAAGACAAAACAGCCUCGGCACUGGCGGUGUCCCUUGGAAUCAGGAUGCAGAAUCUCUUUUCCGGACAAAACCCAUCUCAGAAAUCCGAAAUGUCGAAGCAACCACCAGGAAGCAGAUUCAAGAUAAGAGUGAGGAGCUCCGCCAAUUGGUCGGAAACCGCUACCGCGAUCUCAUUGACUCAGCCGAUUCCAUUGUUAUAAUGAAGUCAUCCUGCGAGUCCAUCUCUGCAAAUAUCUCCGCCAUCCACCACUCCAUUCUCUACUCUCUCUCCUCCCCCGAUAUUCCAAGGUCCCCUCACUCCUCCACUUUUAACCCUGUGGGAGCCCGUAUUUACGGAAUUGCCUGCCGGGUCAAGUACUUGGUCGACACCCCUGAAAACAUCUGGGGCUGCCUCGACGAAUCUAUGUUUCUUGAAUCUUCUGCACGUUACAUCCGUGCAAAGCACGUGCAUUUCAACUUGCUGAACUACAAGGAUAACAAUAACGUGCUCUCGAAUUUCCCGUUGUUGCAACACCAGUGGCAAAUAGUGGAAGGUUUCAAGGUUCAGAUCUCGCAGAAGAGCCGUGAGAGAUUGUUUGAUCAAACCAUUAAUCUUGGAAUUGGUGCUUAUGCAGAUGCGCUGGCGGCUAUUGCCAUUGUGGACGAACUCGAACCGAAGCAAGUUUUGACCCUGUUUGUGGAAUCGAGAAAAUCAAUCAUGUCUCAAAAGCUGAGUGCGUGUUGUCGUGAUGCGAAUGCUGAUAGUUCUGAAGUAAUUUCCGUCUUCUGCUAUGUUCUGAAGAUAAUUCAAAUUACUGUAUGCCAAGUGGGGGAAUUGUUCUUGCAAGUGUUGACUGAUAUGCCUUUGUUCUAUAAAACCAUACUGGACACUCCACCUGCUUCUCAGUUGUUUGGGGGAGUACCAAACCCCGAUGAGGAAGUGAAACUGUGGAAUUUGUUCAAGGACAAGUUGGAGUCCGAUAUGGUAUUUCUUGGUCGGGAUUUUAUUUCCAAGACUUGUUCUGAUUGGCUGAGGAAUUGUGGGAAGGAGAUCACUAGCAAGAUUAGUGGAAGGUACUUGAUUGAUGUAGUGGGCAGUGGGUAUGAGCUUUCUCUGGCUGAGAAGUUGAUAAGGGAGACAAUGGACAGUAAACAUGUCUUGGAAGGUAGUUUGGAGUGGCUGAAGAGUGUUUUCGGUUCCGAGAUUGAGUUACCAUGGAAAAGGACGCACGAGCUAGUCUUAGGUGAAGAGUCGGAUAUAUGGGCUGAUAUUUUUGAAGAUGCUUUUGUCCAGAGGAUGAAAGGGCUUAUUGACUUGAAAUUUGAUGCAUUAAGUGGAGAUGUUGAUGUGGCGCAGUCAGUUCGAUCAAUUGCUAAACCUCCCGAUGAUCGCACCGAUUCUGAAGAUUACUUGAAGAGAUUACAAGUUGGUGGUGGCGUUUGGUUCAUUAAACCCAAUGGUAAAAUGCUAGGUUCUGUGCCUGGCUCAAAACUACACCAUUCCCAAGACAAUGAUUUGCUUAGCUGUCUCGGUACUUAUUUUGGCCCAGAAGUAAGCCGGAUUAAAGAUGCUGUGGAUAAUUGCUGUCAGAAGGUUCUAGAAGAUCUCCUCAGUUUCCUGGAGUCACCCAACGCGCCACGUAGGUUAAGGGAUUUGGCACCGUACGUACAAAACAAGUGUUACGAAACUCUAUCAACCAUAUUAAUACAACUCAAGAAUGAGCUUGACCACCUAUACAGCGACCUAAAAGAUGAAAAAAAAGAUGAUGCCUCGUCACUUUCUCCUGCUAUACUUGUUGAGAGAUCAUUAUUUAUUGGGAGACUUCUCUUUGCAUUUCAGAAGCACGCUAGGCAUAUCUCCGUGAUACUCGGUUCACCUAGGUCAUGGGCGAGUGAAGUUUUGACAGCUGUCACGACUCUGUCCCCAAUUGGAUCAAAACAUAUUAGAGUGGCAAGCGGCUCGCAAAUGACCGAUAGUCCUGGGAAAAAGAUGCUUGAUUCCAGCAGGAAACAGACUUCUCUAGUAAUGAAUGCUUUAUAUGGAGUGGAUGAUAAGUCGAGCCCACAACUUGAAGAUUUAAGGCAGACAACCCAAGAUCUAAGCGUCAGAGCUUACAAUCUGUGGAUAACAUGGGUUUCUGACGAACUUUCAAACAUAUUCUCCAGAAAUCUCAAACAGGACGAUGCCUUGUCAUCCACUGCUCCAGUCAGAGGUUGGGAGGAGACUGUAGUCAAACAGCAAGAACAAUCCAGUGAAGGGCAGUCAGAGAUGAAGAUCUCUCUUCCUUCUAUGCCUUCUCUAUACGUGACAUCAUUUUUAUGCUAUGCGUGUGAAGAGAUUCAUCGUGUUGGUGGCCAUGUAAUUGAUAAACCAAUUCUUCAGAAUUUCGCAACAAGGCUUUUCGAUAAGGUUGUUGCAAUUUAUGAGGCUUUACUGUCAACUGAAGAAGUUCGUGGGUCUCAAAUGUCAGAGAAGGGUGUUCUACAAGUCUUGUUCGAUUUGAAAUUUGCUGCUGAUGUUUUGUCUGGAGGUAGUUACAAUGCAAAUGAGGAUUUAUCGGAAAUUUUUACCGGGAGAUCUCCUUUUAGAAGGAAGCAGAAAGCACAGCAAUCCAACACGGUCAUAGGAGAACGUACUAAACCGUUGGUAAAUCAGCUUUCACAGAGGCUAGACCCCAUUGACUGGCUAACGUACGAGCCAUAUCUUUGGGAGAACGAGAGACAGGCAUACUUAAGGCAUGCUGUCCUUUUUGGGUUUUUUGUGCAACUUAAUAGGAUGCAUAUGGAUGCUGUGCAAAAGCUACCCACUAAUUCUGAAUCGAAUAUUAUGCGCUGCUCUGUAGUACCUCGUUUCAAAUAUCUCCCCAUCAGUGCUCCAGCAUUAUCUGUGAGGAAUUCAGCGAGGACAUCUGUGUCGGCAUCUACAGAUGAUGUUUACUCGAGAAAUUCAUGGAAAAGUUACACGAGUGAUGAGAUAUCCCGAAGUACAGAUGUGGAUGAGGACUCGAGUUUAGGUGUGGCUGCACCAUUUUUGAAGUCCUUCAUGCAGGUAGGGAGCAGAUUUGGGGAGAGCACAUUAAGGCUGGGGUCGAUGCUAACAGAUGGUCAAGUAGGAAGGUUUGGUGACAUAUUACCUGCUCAAGCUGCCGGUCUCCUUUCCUCCUUCACUACUGCCAGAUCAGAUUAUUGACCAAAAUCAUUGACCGUGGAACUAACCAUGUUGAUUGAAGCUCUGGAUCGAAGCGGCAAUUUUUUCAACUGGUUUUGCAGAAGCAGUUUUUUGCCUUGGUAUGUAAGCUUUGAGAAGGAAUCAUAUGCUGAGGUGAAUUUACAUAUAUAACCUUGUGCGUUGUGUGAGGAGAUUACAAGAGCUUGAGACGUAGGCCAAUCUUCAUACCAAAUGGUGUAAUAUCAUGUAAUAUAUUACCAACUUUCACCCCCUACCCCCCACCCACCCACAUUCCAUUGUUUCAUUUGAGAAUUUACUAUCUAUAUAUUGAAAUUUUGACUUAUGAUGGAAUAAAUUUGAUUAACAAAAAUAUAAA